GAAACCUGAGGACCAAAUUGAGAAAAAUAAUUUAAAAGCGGACUGAAUUCCGUCGCCGGCGGGGCCUCUAAUUCGAAGCGCUCUGCAGAGUUCCGUCUCAGAAAUUCUCUUGCGUUCGGAGUUAUCAAACCGUUCGAGUUCCCAAAUUCACAGAGAGAGAGAGAGAGAGAUGGGCGAGGAGGAGAGGAAGAAGCGGGUGGUGGUGGAGUCGCUGGGAUGGCUCACCGAGUCCUCGAUCAUGCCGAAGAAGCACCGCGCCAUCGCCGGCGUCGGCGCGUCCUCGAUCUUGGAGCUCAAGGCUCAGCUCUACAAGUCUCAGGAGGAGUCCAAGCAAUCCAAGGAUCUUUCCGGCGGUCCCGACGCCUCCUACCAUCGCGCCAAGGUGAUCGGUCCCCCGCCCGAUUCCUUCUCGCGCAAAAACUCCGGCGUCGACGCUCGCGCCCACAAGGACAAGCUUGAGCUGAAAGCUAUUACAGAUGGUACGAAAAGCUACGAAGCACUCGAGAGGAAGGCUGCCUUAUAUGAUAAGCUAGUUAAGGGAGAGCUCUCUGAUGAGGAGGACCAGGAAAAAUAUUGUGUGGAUUUCUUUCGCAAGAACGUUGAGCAGGAUGAGUCACAGCAGCCACAGGGGCAUGACAUGCCUUCCUCAGAAGUGCCGGAAGAUGGGGAUAACGAGGCCUCGGUGUUAUUUGAGACAAAGUUUGCAGGACCCGGUCGAACAGUUGGAACAAUGGAUAAGGAUGAACAUAAGCGUUUUGUGAGGGAAGUACAUGAAGAGGUGAAUCAAGCACGAGAACAGGUGUCUGAGCUCAAAAUGCGCAGACAAAUGCAGGCAGAGGCUCGGCGUGAGAAACUGAAGCAGGCUUAUCUUCGGAAGCAGCUGGACAAAUUGAAGGCUACAUCAGGUCAGGAGAAGAAGGCAUAGAAAAAUUUAGUGAUGGAAUAGAGAAAAGCAGCUUUCCCCCUUCAAUUGAUUUGGGUGAACAGACAUUUCUCAUCUGGAAGGUAUCGAGCUCUGGCGGCACAUAUGGAACCACCAAAUCCCGGCUUGGCAAUUCUGCAGAUGUCUCGAACCAUUUCGAACAGCUACAGGAAAAAGGCACUCACAACGGUGGUGACUAAAAUUGAAGACGCCAAGUUUAAUUGCACCUGCAGCGACGAUGGAAAGCUGAGUCAGUGUACAUCUUCCUUCCAUUGACGAUCUUCAUCUGUAGGAACUGCGAUUGACGUGAAAUGAAAUUAGCUUUCAGGGGCAAAGUAAUGUUAGUUGUAAGCUGCCUCCGGCUAAGUUGCGCCGGAUAUCAAUGUUUUUAUCUUAGUACAUGUAAGGUGUUACAUUUUGAGCGGAAAAUGAUUGCGUUGGGAAGCAUAGCCUGCCUCUC